AGACCAAGAGCUUCCUCGUACGCUAACUGAGCUGUACACUCAAAUUAUUCUUAACAUUAUCCUUCGUAAUGUCAAAAAGAAGUUCCCUGAUUGUCCUAUUAGCUGCAAUAGCUUUGACAAGAUUCCGAAUGAUCUACAAAACACAUUUUGGUUGAUGUGUGAGUUUGCCUACGAGUGCUUAUUAUUAGAUCAGCUGGUUUUCUCAGAAGAUGAUUUGUCCUUUCGCUUACCCGAAGUUGGUGACAAGUUGCUGUGCUUUGGUCUGUUGCAGUCUGCACGAUCACUUCUACCUGUUGGUCAUGGCCUGUCUUUUCACUUUGCUCACCUGACCAUCCAGGAGUUCUUGGCUGCCCUCCAUCUUGCUACUCUACCGAAUGAAGAGAAACUGAAGAUUGUUGAGACUAAUGCUGACAGUGGCCGGUUUGACAUGGUGUGGAGAUUUAUGUUUGGUAUUGCUAGUAAGUACAAUGGUAGUCAUAGCGAUAAGGUGAUCAGUUUGGAUCAUGGUUUGACGGAUCAAUUUGUGUUUGCUGGAAAGCUUAAAAAGUUGGUUUUAUUAUGUCAUGCUGCUUUCGAAGCUUCUGACUCUGGAUUCUGCACAAAAGUUUGUAAUUUGUAUGGAGCAAAUUUAUUAGACGAUAAUUUCAGCACCACUUUUGACUGUGUAGCUGGGUUCUAUGUUCUUCGUCAUGCUGUAAAUUGUGAUGAUAUGGUUAUCAUAAUAUCCCAUUGUGCAAUCGAUGAUAAACUGUUGAAGGAACUAACUGACAUACUUUCCAAUGCGAAUGGUAAACUGCAAGUCACACGAUUAUCCCUCCAGCAGACUAAGUUGUCUGACAAAGGUGUUGCUGAUCUAUUCAGGAGAGCCUCAGCUGCUUUUACAACUUUAGAUUACCUCUCGUUGUCUUAUAACAACUUCACUAACGUCACGUCGUCAUUCAUACACACAUCUUGUAUGAGCCUUACAACACUGAACUUAUCCCACAAUCCUCUUGGAGUGUCUGGCAUACAGUCAUUAGAGACAGCUGUACUGUCUGAUGCUCUUAUCAACCUGAAGGUACUGAAGCUAGCCAAAACCCUCACUGAUGAUGCUGACGUCAAUGGAGCUCUACUGACCACCCUCUUACAGUCGAUUGCCCCUCACUGUCCUGAUCUGGUAAAAUUACUCCUCUCUGAUAAUAAUCUUGGUUUACCUGGAUUAUGUUCAGUUGUGGAGAACAUUCCGUUACGAUUGACUAAGAUUGAAUUAUCAGCUACCCAUCUCACCACUUCAUUUCACUCUGAAUCUCAAUACACAGUCACCUGUGAGAUGCUGAAUAUCAACCCUAACAGUUUAACUGUGAUGGACUUGUCUGGUUCCAAUUUCAGUGGAACUGCUGGAACUCUCUUACUGGCAAAGUUUCUUCAAGCAUUUCCAUAUCUGGAACAACUUUACUGGUGGCGUUAUUCUCUCACCUCUGCCGACAUCAUAAUGCUUAUCCACCAUCUCAAGUUCGCUAAUGUGAUAUGUAAGAAUUUAAAAAGGUUGGAUCUCAACCACAAUUCCAUUGAUGAUGAGGGAGUGAUAGCUCUCACUGAGUGUCUACCAGAGCUGUUCCCUAGUCUGGAGGGGUUCAGUUACCUGGAGGACGGUGUUAGACACUAUGGUAAUCCUGUGAACGAGGAGUUGAUACUCAUGUGCAAUGAACAGUUGAAGACCAUACGAGAAUCAAGGAAUUCUGCAGUGCUGACUGAGUGGGAGAGAACAUGUUUACCUCCACUAAAUGAAGAGAUGAAUCGUACUUUCCAUUCUCUUUGGGAUACGCUACUGUCGAAGAUGAUUGAUGAGGCUCAAACGAUAUCUUCAGCUGUUUUCGACAGUAUCCUUUCAUGGUCAACCGCUAACGAACCAGCGGAAUACAACAGAAUUGUUUAUGAGGUUGUUGAUACAGUGGACACUCCUAGUGAUGUCACUGAUCCAGACACUCUCAUCAAUGAACAGAGCUUCUCUCAAGCAUCACCAGUAGAGCACCACCCCACAGCUAGUGACGAGGCUACUUGUACUACAGCCCUGCAGUCUACACACAGAACAGACCAACAUACAACAGCAAUGACAGAUGCUGUACCAUCUGAUGUCACUGAAGGACUCACUUCAUAUCCACACACCAGUCACUCAGGAGCUGGUGGACCGAGGACUGUGACCAUUGAGGAAUUGAAUGAGCAUGCAAAAGUGACAGACUCUCAACUUGACACUGAAAUUAAAGAGACUGACAUGAUCAUUCUGGCAGCUCACUUUGACAAUGUGGACACCUAUGCUGUACAACUGGGACUGAGUCCUGCAGAGCAAAGUGAUGUCAGAAUUGCUCAACUUGCUAAUGGCACACAAGUAGCGAUGGACAAGGCCUUGAGACUGUGGAAACAGCAUAAUCCAGGGGCCGCUACUUACAGAGCUCUGGUGGAGAUACUGUUGAGAUUGGGAAAGGAAGAAUUGGCCUUUAAAAUGUGUCAGACAGCAGCUACGAAACCAAUGAUGUGUGAUGUGGUGUGCAACAGGAGAAGAUCUAUUUGAACAAUAAACAUUCCCAGCCCCUUUUAGGUAGAGAGCUCGAGAUAAAAAUACGGUUUUAUUGAAUCAAUAUUUUCUUGCUGCAUUAGUUGAUCCCAGUGUUUGUACAGAUCGUUUGAUUUCGUAGGAUUAUUGGUGCUCAUUGUGUCCUGAAAGAAGUAAUUUUGAGAUAGAGACAAAAAAUGUUGAGUGUGAGAAUAUUUCUUUCUAGCUAUAGCUUAGUAUACAACUACCAUGGCCAGUGGAUCAAGCUAUCUUCAAGGGAAAUGAAUAAAACACCAGCCCCUCCCCCUCCCACUACUUCGCUGGGCUGGAAAUCAUGCCACGUGGUGGAUCACUGAAGAAAGAGAAGAGUAAAGCAAGAGACAGCUAGGAUACUGAGUGCAGGCUCUAUCUUCCUGUGUGUUGUCAGAUGAGGCUGUGUGGUGAGUAGCUGUAUCACAAGUCAGUGGAGGACCAGGAGAGGAACAUCCUAGAGAGGAAGAUGAAGAUACAGCACGCCAUUACGGUGUGUGCAGAUGGUCAGACUAUCUCCACUGAGCUCAGGGGAGAAGCAGUCUCCAUCAGGAAGACCGUCAAGUGUGACCACCAGGAAUGAGAGGGUGUGUUCUACUACCCCUUCCUAGUAGCUACAACCAGUAUCUUGCGGCCCAGACUUACAAGGAUGAUGAGUAUGUGUGGGCGGGAUCCUAAGGUGGUGGUCACAUGACCCGAGCACUAAACUCACAAUUCACGAAGGUAAUCAACAUAUAGUAGACUCUCGCUAUUCUGGCUCUCUAAAGGCCACCUCAACAUACCGGCCAUUAAUUUGGUCUGGCACGGAUUGCUACUCUGAAAUGCAGCCACUGUAUACUGGCCAGUGCUGGCUGCCCAAACUAGGUUUUUGAUGUCAUUUUAUACGGCUGAAUAUUACAUUUUAGUGUGUGAUAAGGCAUGCCUGACAGAGUGUGGUGGUCUGGGGGCUGACAGCUGUAAGGAGUGUGCCCUGUGAUAUGAGGAGGUGGAGGGAUCUUGUACAGAUAUUGAUGAGUGUAGAGAAGAUGACUCCAUCUGUUCUGAUGGUACCUACUGUCUCAACACCCCGGGGAAGCAUCACUGUUAGGGUGUUAUAUUAUAAUAAUUUUAUUAUAAUACACUCUAAGAAUACGCGCAAAGGACAUAAUUAUACAGCAGUGCUUGUGGGAGGGACAAUUGAUGUUCGUGAGUUGUUUGAUUUGAGGGCAGGCUUUUGUUAAUAUUCAUAAUUAGGAGGGGACCAAUUUUAAGUUUAUUUCGAUGGUAUAGGGAAUACAUAGGUUGUUCAGUUUCUUUGAUGGAUCUCUAUUGCUAUACGUACGGAUUGUACUUAAAAAAAUAUCGGAAUAAUACACGCUAACAAUAUCACGCUAAGAAUACACGCAAAGGACAUAUACAGCAGUGCUUGUGGGAGGGACAAUUGAUGUUUGUAAGUUGUUUGAUUUCAGGGCAGGCUAAAUAUUAUUAUUCAUAAUUAGGAGGGGACCAAUUUUAAGUUUAAUUAUAAAUUGUUUCGAUGGAAUACAUAGGUUGUGCAGUUUCUUUGGUGGAUCUCUCUAUUCCUACGUAUGGAUUGUGCUUGUAAGUAUUAGGUUAUGGGUACUUUUUAUUGCGGAAUAUCGUUUGACGGGAAGUUGAUUACACUCACUGGAAUAGAUGUAACGUACUCUGUUAUACGAUAGAUGCUUUUUAUUGCCGAGCUUAGACUGGUUGCUUAAAUUUAGCUGUCUCUUGGACUGGUGUUUCUCGGGAUCGUGGAUAUAAAAUAGAAUCUUCAAUUUCUCCCUAAAAAAUAAGGCAGGCCAUGUGCUAUAAUAUUGUUAUUAUUGUUAUUAUUAUUAUUUUGAUACUAAUUCCAAUGUGGUCUACACAUCAUUACAUCAUUAACUGUCGUUAACUCACCCACAUUAUCAGUUUGUAAUUUGGUGAUAAACCACAUCAUUUCAAGCUUGUUGUUAAUUUUUGUCUCUAACACUUUGUGUUGUCAUGACUUUAUCCCUGAUGUCACGUUGUCUUCCACAUUAUCCUUAUAAUUAGAUAUUUGCGUGCAAUACCUAGAGCUAUUUCUAUCUCUUACGUCAACUAAAAGUAUCUCGCCAUAGAAGGCAAACCACAGCAUUCGUUGUACAGUCAUGAUUACUUUCACCCCCCUCGUCAUAAUUAUGUUAAUGCUCUCCACAUUUGUGAUAUCAUUCCAUCUUUCAUACUCUCCUUGGGUGACAUUCUCCGAUGCUAUCGCUCAACUGAUGUCAGGCCAGGAACUACCGGACCGUAACAUUCAUCUCAAAUUUCAACUUUCAACUGAUAUGGCAUGCACUCCCCUUGCAACUAUAUUUAAUUGCCAUCUCCUUACGAUGUUGCAAAAGCCUCCUCCAGAUGUAAGACCACCUCCGCUAUAUCAUUCAGUGCACCUGGGAUAAAUCUCAAUUGCAGCCCUGACCCCUCCCACCUAUGGCCACUAAUACUUCUCAACGCUAACUGGGACAUUUUAUUAACUUGACGCUAGUGGAAGUACACACAACUUACCACCGGACCUCGAUCACUCUCCGAUGUAAAGCAGAAGCCUACCGUAUAGGAAAAAAUUUUCGAGGGGCUUAAUUUUCGCUAUCUCCUGAUGUCUCGAUCGUCACUAAUACUGUGGGAAGUCUCAAAUCUUUGACACCACCACAAUAUGGAUAUGUCGAUCAUUGCGCUGGAUAAACAAUUUCGCUGGAUAAACAUCACCUCCCCUGAUGAUUGAAGCGAAGACAACUUGAACUCGUGAGCACGGCAACACCUAAUACUGGGUCACCUCCCCUGAUGAUUGAAGCGAAGACAACUUGAACUCGUGAGCACGGCAACAUCUACUAGCUGACUCAGCAUCUCACCAUCUCAAUUGCCAUGCGCAUUAUUAUUUAUAGUAUUAUGGGGUCACUACCCAUUAACAAAAAUUUUUAUGGGGUCAAUACCCAUUUUUUACUAUUUUAAGUUACAGUAGUGUGGUCUGCCAUUAAAGUAAAAUGAUUUAAUAAUAGUGCUAUUACUGAAAACUACCUCUGAGAUAUGUUAACGGUCUUGUUGUCUUGGUAACCUCUGAGAUGUGUUAACGGUCUUGUUGUCUUGGUAACCUCUGAGUUAUUAAACGGUCUUUGUUGUCCUGGAAACCUCUGAGAUGUGUUAACAGUCUUAUUGUCCUGGAAACCUCUGAGAUAUGUUAACGGUAUUGUUGUCCUGGAAACCUCUUAUGAGCGUUGUUAGCUGCAUGGUCUUAUUGUCCUCUUGUAUCUCUGAGAUGUGUUAACUGGUCUUUUUGUCCUGGAAACCUGAGAUGUCUUGUGACUACUGUGGAUUGAACAUUGUCGUUAACUGGUGUAGCUGGUUUGAACUUUAUUAUUAUUUCGAGGUCCCCUUAAAAGCCUAGGCAAAAAGAAGGAAAAAAGAUUCCCCCCAAAAAAGAUUUUGAUAAUAAUUUCCUGCCCUCUCAUAAUUUUCAUGCUUGAUUUUAUGAUUUUUAGUUGUUUGAUGUUUAAUUUUAUAAUGUUGUAGUAUGGGGCUCCCUGACGAGUUUGGAUAUAGUUGUUCUGCUUCAAUCUGGUAAUCUUGCCUUGUUGUUAUAUAUAUAGUGAUGAAUAAUCGAUCAUGUCUGUAAUAAACUUACGUUAGUUUCGAGAAGCCGCUCUACUGUUGUUAUAAUUAUGUCCCUGCCCUCCCGAACCCGCGGCCGUGCCUAAGUCCGUACCUCCUUGAUCUUUUAUGUCCGUGGGAUAUUUGGUAGAUCGUAGCCAAAUUGCAUAGUCUAAGUUUCGGAGUUGAUUUUCAACAAACUUUAUGUUGGGGCUGGGUACGAGGGCGUCUGUAAAUUGAAGAAUCAUAGAUAAACAGAUCACGGAUAAAAAAGGCUCGGAAGUUGAUCAGUCCUUAACCACAUACAAUUAAAGGAGUGGGCUGUCAAGCAUAACAAACUUAGCAAAUACGGCUUUACAUGGAUGCCAACUGCAUGCAGUCGUUACUGACAUCAUAGGUAAUGGUCGUGAUUAUGUUGAAAUUAUGAGCUCCAGAACCACACCCACAUUACCUGUCUUACAAGCAUCCAGAAAUGCCUGGGAGAAAAUACAUUAUUAGUAAACACCCAAUGACAAAAAUUGUAUGUACAUGUUAUAAUACUGUUCAAGAUUCUAUAGCCAGGUUUCCUGGUAAUGAGCGUCAAUUUUGUAAUUGAUUAAUGAAAAUAGUUAGCCUUGAGACUGUUGAAAUUAUGAGCUCUAGAACCACACCCACAUUACCCGUUUUACAAGCAUCCAGAAAUUCCUGGGAGAAAAUACAUUAUUAGUAUAAAAGAUGGAAUGACAAAAAUUGUAUAUAUUCGAGAUUCUAUACAUGUAGCCAGGUUUCCUGGUAAUGAUCGUCAAUUUCAAUUUUGUAAUUAAAAUAGUUAGCCUUGAUACCUAGACAUAAGUUGGCCUGACCACUCUAAGCUUGCUUACAUACAAUGUCUUGAAAUUAACUGGAUUUGUCGUUAUAUCUAGCUAUAGCUACCAUCACGUGACUCUUUGCAGAAAGAAAAAUGGCAAGCGGGAAAUUCAAAAUGUUGUCUACGCAUAUACGCCAGCAGUGCAACGCUUGCAGCCAUGUAAUUAGUCGGCGUAAUGGAAAUGGCAUUAUAGUAUCUGCCAUGAAAGUCAAAACUUACUAUGAACUUCCUUCAAGUGCUUUAUGAAGACUGCAUGCAUGGCGGUUCGAAAGAAAUGAUCCUUGGUAUCAAUUGGAUCUUUCCAUGUAAACUUCAUCUGUAUGGAAUGAAAUACAAGCUUUAUCAUAGCGACACUAUUUCAUACGCAUGCACAUGACAUAAAAUAGCUAUAAAUCGACUUAGACUGCGUGCUAAGUUUAAUUUUGCGCUACUUACGAUCACGGGAGCUCCAGGCUGUAUAUAACAUCGUGGGCACACCAAUUCCUCAGUACUGCCACUUCUUUUCUUGAAAUACGCUCACAAUCAUUUUGUGGGUGUGCCGCUGUACACAGAAUAAUGUAUGUUUCAUCCUGCUAUCUGCAAUCAGACAAUCAAUGCACAGAACUGAAGAAGAAGCUGGCUGUCUGCAAGUCACUCAUGUGCUCUUUGUUCUCGUGUCAUCACUUGUGCUCAAUUUUUCUUGCUGAACCUACUAGGCCUAUUCAUCAUUUUGUUUGUUCCUCUGCAGAUUUGCAAGUACUUGGACAUUACAGCUUGAGGGUCACCACGUACAUGUACGUAGUAACGAUCUGAAUGGGGCCAGCAAUCAUCAUGGCCAUAUGCUCACCAUGACAACAAUACGGAAAACCAUCCUCUGCUUACGGGAGGUAACUUGUACAAAGACUGAGAGAAGGAGUGAUCAGCAGCAAUACUCUGAUGUGUGCAGGAAGACUGGAGUGACUGAUCAGCAGCUCGAUCAAGAAAUCCCCAACAGUGACAUCUACUGUGUAGCUGAGAUGACACCCGGCAUGCUUGAAAGACUCGAACUCACUACUGCUGAAAAAAGCGAUGCUAUACUCGAAAGAGAAAGUACGAAGGCAAUCAAACUGGAGUGGCUCAUGCAUUGAGAGUGUAGCAAAGAGAAGACACUGCUACACACAUUUGUAGAUUCAUUGCAGAACUGAACGUACACUGAAAUAAUUACGUUAACGUUUUGUUUUAUUGAUGCUAUUUUAUGUGUCUGCUUAUAAUUAUUGUGAUGGAA